GCUUACUGUCGAUAUUCGAUUCAACGUAGAGAAACAAAGUGUGCGACAGCUGCUAAGUUUUUCGUCGAUUGUGCCAACUGUAUUUAUAAUUUAGAAACAGAUGUACGUCUGAUUGGCAGCAUAAAGCUUCUGCGAACUCGUUCACUUCGUUCGAAUAACAAAUACAGCUGUCCGAAGAAGAGAGAUUUCUUCAUUCUACCUCGUUUAAUUUCAUUCGUCCUAUUAUCGCUCUAGGUAUCAGAUUUCUACUGGAGCGUUCAACGAUGUCACAGCUCGACAAACAAAGAUUAAAGUCUCUUUUAGAGGAUACUGUGACAAUGGUGUGCAAAUCUAGUCUAGUUCAACAAAAAUUUACAGUUGAAGGUCUUUUAGGCAUAACUUUGGAAAAUGAUGAUGUUCUCUUAAUAAACAUAAAUAAGACAAUUGCAGAAGAUGAUAGUUCUAAAGAAGACGAUGAAGACGGUGUAAUGGCAAUAUCACCAGAACCAGUGAAAAGAAAAAUAGACUCUGAUUCAGAAACAACACCAGUGAAAAAAGAACGACCAUCUCCUACUCAUAAUCGAAACCGGAAGGAAGAAAAUGACGAUAUUAGUGAAGGAACCUUAACCACAGUAAGUCGAACAUGUCUACCGACUGUUCCUAAUCCAUUUUGGACUUUAUCCCACCAACCGAUGUCCCAAUUAGCCUCUUUUGGCGCAAUGGCUACAUGGGCAGCUAGACCUGACCUAGCAUCUUUUAGUGAGGCAGCAACCGUUAGUAUUAAUUUACCACCGUCAACGGACAAAGUACGAAGAACAUUUGAAAGUACAAACACAACUCUACCAUCUAUACCAGCCCUUGUAAAAAAUGGCUGUCAUUCAACGUCCCAAUCGUCAGAGCAGACCUCUCAGCAACAGCACACCACUUCAAACGCGACCGGAAAUGUGUCACAGCCUUCGGCAGAAAAACUAUCAUCUAGCAAGAAUUUAAGUAGGAAAUUCCAUUGCACCCAAUGCUUACGAAGCUUUACUGAUCGCCAUAAUUUGGAAAAUCACAUAAGAACUCAUACAGGCGAGAAGCCAUACAGAUGCGAAAUUUGUGGGAAAAAUUUUAGUAAAAAAGGCAAUAUGGAACAGCACAUGUGGACGCACAGUGAGGCGAAACCAUACACAUGCACAAUUUGUAAUCAAGGCUUUAUCCGAAAAGACUAUUUAAGCAAGCAUAUGGAACGGCACGGUACUCGAAUGACGGUAAGUGAACAACAAACGACAGAAAGUCAAUCAAAUGAUACUUGA